AUCUGCAUACCAUCUCACACACACACACCCUCUGUGUUUUCAGUGUCAGCACGGCAGUUUCAUCUCUCAGAGAAACUCUCAAAACUGAGGAUGGGGAAAAUUAACGGAUGCAUCAAAUGCCUCUUUAUCUUCUUCAAUGUGGUGUUUGCACUCCUCGGCGGUGUGCUGGUCUUCGGAGCAGUGAAGGCCACCCCCUUCAGCCACCAGUUUACGGCGGUGGGGGGUCCGAGUCUGGCCUGGACUUGGGUGUUUGCCCUCGGUGUCCUCAUCCUCCCUGUCUUUGGAAUCGUUGCCGCAUGCAUGGAGAAACAACUCCUCUUCAAAAUAUUUGCAGGUUUCAUGGUGGCGGGAAUGAUCAUCAUGCUGAUCUUUGGCAUUGUUGUCGUUGUCGCAAGAAACACGCUGAAGGAUUCUUUGGACAGCGCCUCCUCUGAAGUAGCAAAGCCUUUCAUGGAAGACGAAGCAAUGAGAGUGAUACUAAUGGGAUUCGAAGAGCAUGGCCACUGCUGUGGUGUGGUCAGCUCCAACGACUGGGGAAACGACAUCCCUCAGUCCUGUGGGUGCAAGGACCAAUAUACAGGAUUCCCCUUUUCGUCUGGAUGUAAAGCCAAACCUGUGGGAGCCUCAGGCCCAGACGAGAUCUACGCGACGAGCUGCAGCAGUGUUCUCUUUGAGUUUUUCAACAUCAUCUUCAAGAUCAUUAUGGGCAUCUUCUUCACGUUUGCAGUCCUCGCACUGCUGGGCCUGCUGAUGAGCAUCCUGAUGAUCCAUCAGAUCAGAAAGCACGACAGCGGAGGAUCGUCCAUGGCCAUGAAGACCUACUAGAGAAAGCUCCUCUCUUGACCUCUGACCUUUAACUGGAGGCCUUACUUUACCUUUCAUAUUAUAUCUUCUCCUGACAUGCUUCUUUACUUUCAGCUUUUUGUACUGUGGAGAAUGUAACUUGAGAUGCAAAACCUUUAUUUUUUUAAUCGCUCUUGUGUGUUUUGGUCGUUUGCUGUAUUAUAGUUAUAGAAUAGUGAUAUUGGGUAAAUGUCAGGAACCAGGAGGUCUUCUGGAUCCAAUAAACCCAGUUCCCACGCUUUAUUUGUACGUUUAUGAUCAUCUAAUUUGCUUAAAAAAUUCUUGCCAAUUUAACCUUUAAAGGUGGGGUAGGUACGUUUGAGAAACCGGCUGGAGAUACACUUUUUGUUAUAUUCCAUGGAAUGCUCUUAACAUCCCGAUAGCAAUGAAUAUCUGAAGUGCUUUGACAAAAAAUACAUAAAUAAAUAUCAUCUGUGGAAGCUGUGGUACUGUAAAAAGUACGACCAAUCAUCUGAGCCGGCCCGGCUAAAAUGAUUGGAUGGCCUACCUGCCUGUCAGCCUUCCAUCUGUGCACAAACUUAUCUCGUGCCCUCAUUGGUCAUGUGCGCGUUCGUGUGUGUUGGAGGAGGGGCUCUGUGAGGAAGUGGCAGAUUUGUUCCGGCUGUGUAUUUUCAAAUUUGAGCGCACUCGAGCCGGUUUCUCCAAAAUUACCUACCCUACCUUUAACUCUAUGAAAUAUUACAAAUGAAGUGUCCAUAUCGAUGUUUCGAUGGUCAGUGAUUGUAAGACAUAUCUGAAGUUAUCAUUAGUAAACAGUUUAAGGUGAAUGCCGCCACCUACUGUCCAGAGUGUGUAACGUCAUGCCUGAAAGAUGAUUACUCUGAGGAUAAAACAAACAAACCUUUAUUCUAGAUAUUAAACCUGUAUUGUUGUGAUAUUUGAAUAAAUCCAUUCGGACCUGAAGUUGUUA